AUGCAGUUGGAGGUCUGCAUUAGGUAUCCGGACUUUGCCUUCCGUUGUGUUGGCAUGGCACCCCGUUUCAAAUGGCCCGCCUGCCCAAGCAUACGGCGACAGAUCAGGCAGACAGAUCAUAUGUGUGGUGGGAGUAAGACCGUCUACUGGGCCAUGUUUGAUAGUCAAUCAAAGGAAAUAGUUAUGUACGCGGCAAAGAUCGCAGAGAUGGGCAGUGUGCUGGGGCUCACCUUAGCGGGGAUCCUAAACAUUUGGGCGCUGACGUACAAGAGACCCAAGAUCAUGGCGGGAGCUGAUGCAGCUGAGGCAGCAUAUGUCGCUGUAGUGGGCUGCGACCUGAUUCCAUUUGCCACCAGCGAUCGCCUGAUUCUGGCGCUGAUCACAACAGCAUGCCCAGAUCCCAAGUUGCGAACCAUGCCAAUGGUGUCGUCGAUGGCCGUGUGCUCUAUGGGCUUUUCCAUGAUCAUGUUCGACUUGGGUCUGGCUCUCAGGUACAUGGUUGGAAUGUUUGGAAUAUGCCACAAUGGCACUCAGGUCGCAAUGGCGAGCGACAAAGUAAUGCCAGCUGCUUUCUGUAACAACUGGUAUGAAGGCGGCCUCGCCUACAGGGUUUUGCUCUUUUUAGUGAUGCGAUCUACUAAGCCCUACAUCUUGAGAACAUAUAAGCUGGCACCUGUGUCCAUAUAAACCUACAUGUCUACCUUAAAAUUUUCAUAUCAUAUGUUUACCUGCGUGCGGUCUUUGAAAUAG